CAAUGUCGGGUUGCAAUCGGCCACUUGAUAUGCGUCUCGUAGUAUAGUGGGCAUGGCGCAAUCCGAGAGACGGUCCUUGAGACGCGCGAAUAAAAAAACGCAACAUAAUCUUUUGGAGUGAAGAGUCAGAGACAGUUGUGAGAAAAUCCCACACUCCAAUACGGCUUACGAGAGGGGCUUUGCGCCAUCUCGAACUGCGCGAGAGAAAUUCUGAGAUUGUGUGCGGAAUCAUCAUUGCGUAUGUACCGGGACGGUUUCGCUUUCUCAUGUCCUCAUGCCACAGGUGGAGGACCGCCCCAGUGGACACUCGCACUUUGGAGGGGGCAAGUAUGUCUACGUAUUUAGUCAAAUUACUACCAGUUGUGAACUAGUCGCCCUUCUAUGGAUGGUUGCCGCUACGUGUCAGCCGCACGCGAGGAACUAUUGUCACAGCUGGCCCUGCAAUAGCCGCAGGUCCGGCUGACAGGGGGCGGUGACCCGGGGGUUGCUUACUUACAGGGGUUUACUGGACACAGAUUGCCUACCUUUCAGGCGGCUCACUAGAGCCGAUGGGGGGGACCCCCCCCCCCCCCUCGCCUGAGCAGCACACUAUAGAGUAAGCAAGGUGGGCAGUUCUCUUUCGAGUACCGUAUGGUGAUCCAGCAAGGCCGUCGUACUCGUCGCACUCAUAGUCCAGGCGGGCAUCAACGGUAGCGCUAUGAAAUCUGUAUCGGUAUUUUUUAAAGUUUCUUGAGGAAUCGACACUCCUGCUUGUAUGCCGUACAAUAUUAAUACAAAAAGUGCGCGCGGUAAAGGGACAAUUCAAAGCCAUACACGGUGGGUUUUCUUUGAGUCAGCGUUGACAUGCAUUAGACCUCCCACUUGGCAAGAGUAAAACUUCCUUCUUGUACAAUGAAUGUGUGUCUUAAGUGAUAAUCACGGUGAGAGAGAAGGAGUGUUCUCGUUGUUUGCUUCUUCGAUCGCCGCGCUGAGUCGGCCGCCCGCCGCACGCGGGUGGCCUACGGCCGCCAGUCGUCGCUCGAGGCCAUGGCGCGGUCGAGGCUCCUACAUUCGUACCACGCUGUUCGCCGUUGUGAUUUCCAGUUGCCAGGUAUUUUCGUUUGACUGAGGAAAUGCAUUCUUUACGAAUACAAAUUCACUUAAAUGAUUUGUAGUUGUGCAUCGGACCAUCGCUGGCCGCGCAGAUGUGCGUUGCGGUUCCUGGUGCCCUGAAGCCUGAAGCGCUGGCUGUGCGUUGUAGCUCGCGCCGCACUCCAUGGGCAGCACGGCCACGGCGUGGCAGCGGGUGGCGGUGCUGAGCGAGAAGGGGCUGGGCGUCCUGGCGACGUGGGUGGGCGUGCUGCCCGCGAGCGGCUGGCCCACGGCCCCGCGGCCCUGGGCCGCCUGGGCGGCCUACGGCUACGGGCUGGCCGUGACGGUGCUGUUUGAGUUGAACACAUCCUAUCACGAAUUUCAAUGGAAGAAAGGUUUUUCAGCAGGCGCCGUGGUUUUCUUUGUCGCGGCAAGGUUAAUCAUAGUGCUCUCGUCUAUAACAGGAAGAGCUGCACUGUCCGACCUUCAAAGGUGCUUGCUGCUGUACUGCCGCGCUCACCCCCCGUCGGUGCUCGGCUACCGCGCGAUCGUGGCCCUGGUGAUGGUCGCGGUCGUGUUCCUGGCGGUCGUGUUCUGCCUGCUGGACGCCAACAACAACGCCUGGAACGUCGAGAAGGUGAUGCAGAUGGCCGUGGGCGUGCAGUGGUGCUCGGCCUACUCGCUCACGCUCAUGCCCAAAGCCGUGAUCGGCUCGCUGGCCAGCGACCUGCGGCAGGAGUGCAGUCGGCUGGCGGCCGAGGCGGAGUCGCCCGGUCGAUCGUGUUCACACUCCAGUUUGAUGUGCAAGUGGCGGAGCGCCCGGCUGAGGCAACAGCACCUGCACGACAUGAGUGCCGCUACCACGGCCGUGUUCCAGUGGCGCCUGCUCGCCCUCCUGGCCACCACCAUCCUCUACGGCAACCUGCAGAUGUCGGACUAUUUUGCAAAGUGGAUAAUUUGUUCCGCAAAGACUCGGCCUAAUGUGUACCGACAGAUUUCCCAGGUGCUCGACGCUCUGUGCCAUUCCGUGUGCUGCAUCAUCAUGUUUGUCGUGUACCGGUGGGAGAGCAACGAGGGGGAAAAGAUUUGCUACACGUUAAUGGGGCACCAAGCAGCAUUAGCGAAGAACUCCAAAAAUACUCAAUCAGGCGAUCUGCGUGAGGUCUGUCUGUUUAUAAACCAAAUACGAUGUCAGAAGAACUCAAGCAACAUGAUGUGGCUCUUCGAUCUCGACUACUCGAACAUGAUGCGAAUCGUAUCCGCGUCUCUCUCCUACCUGGUCGUGAUGCUCCAAUUUCAAGUUUUAUUUUAAGCUUGACAAUCCUGAAGCAAAGAGUAACACAAUGGAUGUUUGAAAGUGGGUGCGGGACAGCUGGCUGGGGACGCAAGUGAGAAACAAGUCAAGUGUAUUCCUUGGCUGGAUUUAUUUUAACAUUUA